ACCAUGGAAGAGGCAGAACUGUUAAAAAAGAGACUUCAAGCCAUUACAAAUAAACGAAAAGUCCAAGAAGACAUUGCGUCAAAGCGGCUGGAGGUCGACAAGGAAAAACUGAAACUACAGCAACUGAAGAAAAAAUCUGCAAGAGAUCUGUGGCUUAUGGGGGGCACAAAUUUUGGAGCUGCCCAGAAGGAGCAGAAAGCCCUGGAUGUUACCCAGCAGAUCAAGGCACUACAGAACAACAUUCACCGAAUAGAGAAAGAAAUUGAGACUCUGGAGAGGGAAGAGUUCAACAUCUCCAUAAACGAAGGCCGCAUCCUGAACAGGCUGAAAGCCAUUGAGAAGUCAACUGAGGACAUUAUUAAGGCAGCAAAUGAAAAUUUCAAGUCAGAACCUAUUCAGAAUUAUUCACAAAUUCCAGAUACUCUUAAAUCUUAUACACCUUUAAACAUGAGGAAACAUCCAUCUGUGAAUCAAGGAGCCAAAAAUGACCAACAGAAACCCGGUUUGUUUGCCAUGGAAAUCAACGUACAGAAGGACCUACGCACCGGUGAGAGCCGCGUCCUGUCAACCUGCACAGUACCAGCGCAGGAAUUACAGCAGCGUGGCAUCAAGGUGUACGAUGACGGACGUAAGACUGUGUAUGCUUUGCACAGUACCUUGGAACAGCCUGAAGCCAAUGGAGUGGAUGAGCUUAGCCCUAAGGAGGUAGAGGAGCUCCUAAGACAGGCCACAGCGAAAUGGAAGAAACCUCAAGAGCAAAAUCAAAAUCAGCCACAAUAUUACAAAAACUACCAGAACAGCCACUGCUCAGAGCUUUACAAUAUAGAUACGAGUGAAUGGCCAGAGCUACAGUGUAGUCAGAGUAGUGUACAUUAUCCCUACAAGGAAAUUCAUGAAACGGCUCACGUGUUCCACAAUUAUAAUGAUGAAAAUGAGUGUAAUUACAACAGCAAUGGCAACAGCUAUGAGAUAUAUGGGGGGGAAACGAGAAGCAACCCAAAGCAGUUUUACGACCUCCAAGAGACACACAGCAGAACUCAAAGUCAGCAUGUGGACUCUGUUGUAAAUCAUAUACCUCCUUUGUCCUACAGAGAGGACCCUAAACUCAGCGUCCUAAACACUUUGCCUUCAGACGAACCUGUCACUAUGAUCUUCAUGGGAUAUCAGAAAGCUGAGGAAGAUACGCAUAGCUACGAAGGCUCCGUUCAGGCGGAGCUCGUCAUCAUAGAAGAUGGUGAGGAAGAAGCCUUAAACAGUGCCACUGCUUUCCAGAAAUGUCCUGUCCGUUCUCCCCAGGAUCGCGAUACCAACAAUGCGUCCACACACGUGACCUCUGAGAUGUCAUCUCCAGCUUCCCUGAACAGCCAAACGGUGUAGCAAGUGGCAGAUGAUGGAACUCGGCUCAAAGGCUCCAUGGAGGAAAUUGAAGAUUGCUGACUACAAAAUCAAAAAGACUCACUCUCAAGAUCUUUAGUUAUCUAAAAAGCAAUAAAGAGAAUAUAGGAAGAAUGUAUGACUGGAUUCCCAUAUGGAUAUGAUUCUCACUUUGUGUGAGAGGUCAAAGAUUCAAACCUCAGUCCUGAUUUCCUUAUGAACCAAGAUCAGCCCAAAAUAGUUAAGUUAGUAGAAUUGCAUAAUGGCUAUGAACUGCUGGUUAACCAGAGCCUUAUUUUAAGUUAUCUAACCUACAGCAAACAUCAUCAAUAUGU